UUGCAAGAUGAAAACCCCUAAUCAGGAAAAGGCAGAACCAAUAAGUAUUGAAGUUGACUGUCUUAUGGAAAAAAGUCUGUUUAAAUUUAUCUCAAGUCUAUAGGACUCUGGGCACAAUAGGUGAUUACUGCUCAAGAAGCCUUGCAUCUUCAAUACUUAGCAUUCAUGUCACCAUCCCUUUCAUGGCUGAUGCCAAAAGAAAAAGUGUCUCCCCAUAUAACUGUCAUUUUGGAACAUGAGUUCACCCCACAUUACAAUCUAAUAGACUUCUAAUGGUCUGGAAGCGUGAAGGAUUUUCCAAGUUUUAGAGUUAUCUCCACGCUGACCCUAGCUCUCAGCUUGUAGCAUGGGAAGAUGGACAGAUUUCUUUGUAAGCAGUGACCCCAAACUUGUUCACAGGUAGGACAUGCCCUGCCUGCAUAGCAAGUUUCUUCAGAAGAGGAAGAAGGGAUUUCAUUUCCAGAGUGAAUGCUGAUUCACGUGUCACAUCGAGAGCUACUCUGUUAGUUGUGCUCACGUUCUCUAUCAGAACACGCCGUCACACCGCAGCACGCUCCCUGUGACUGCUGCAUACUGCCGAGGGGCAUCUGACUAGUUCCUGCCCUGCCUGGAGACCUGUGUGCGUGUGCUUCCACUUGCCAGUUGCAAGUUGUUUCUUCACAAGUGUACUGAGAAAGAAAUGCAAGCUUGAGGUGCUCUUUCAGAGAAGCAAAUGAUUUAUGCCAGCCAUGUCACUAGCUGAAUGGGUUUCACAGCCCUCUGACUCUGUGGGCCUUUCUUAGUAGUCACGCUGGGAUUUGUUGACCUAUAACGUUAAUGUUGAGCGUGUUGUGUUUUAAGGUUUUGAGAAAAAUGCAGAGACGGCAUAGCAGCAACACUGACAACGUUCCUCCUGAAAGAAACCGGAGCCAAACAGUCAGUUCUGAAACCAGUGUGGAUGAAAGUGGAGUUUUUGAAAGUCUGAAGGCUGAAGCUUCCUCACCACAGCAGCUGUUCUCAGGCCUGGCAGGUAUCCCGUCGGGCACCAUCACAGCCACGCCGUUCCAGUCAGGUUUGGUUCUAGGUUCUUCCGCAGGAGGUGGGGAAGUAUUCAUUCAGAUGCCAGCCCCAAGGGAGGAAGGGACCAGUCGUACAGAGGGAGCCCCGUUCCACCACCGGCAGUCGUCCCAUCAUUUCCACCAUGGCCAUCACCGGGGUUCCUCCCUACUGCAUAUGGCAGGAGGGGACCGCCACGGGCAUGCUGAGGAAGGCAGUGACGAACAGGCUGGAACUCCAGCCCCAGCUCUCUCAGAGUUAAAAGCUGUGAUCGGUUGGCUGCAGAAGGGACUUCCCUUCAUCUUGAUCCUCCUGGCUAAAGUUUGUUUCCAGCACAAGCUUGGGAUUGCCGUGUGCAUUGGUAUGGCCAGCACAUUCGCGUAUGCCAACUCAGCGCUCCGAGAACAGGUUGCUCUGAAGGAGAAGAGAUCAGUGUUGGUUGUCUUCUGGAUCCUGGCCUUUCUCACUGGAAACACCUUGUACUUGCUUUACACCUUCAGCUCUCAGCAGCUGUACAACAGCCUUAUAUUUCUGAAACCCAACCUUGAGAGGCUGGACUUCUUUGACCUGAUGUGGAUUGUGGGGAUUGCAGACUUUGUACUGAAGUAUCUCACCAUCGCAUUGAAAUGCCUAAUUGUUGCCCUGCCUAAGAUCAUCCUAGCUGUCAAGUCAAAGGGAAAGUUUUACCUGGUUAUUGAGGAGCUGAGCCAGCUGUUCCGCUCCCUUGUCCCCAUCCAGCUAUGGUAUAAAUACAUCAUGGGAGAUGAUCCAUCCAGCAGCUACUUCCUAGGUGGGAUCCUGAUCAUCCUGUAUAGUCUCUGCAAGUCUUUUGACAUCUGUGGUCGUGUGGGAAGUGUCCGGAAGGCACUGAAAGUCCUUUGCACCCCACAGACCUAUGGAGUUCGUGCUACCAGCCAGCAAUGCAAUGAGGCAGGUGACAUCUGUGCCAUUUGCCAAGCAGAAUUCAGGGAACCUUUGAUCCUUAUGUGCCAGCACGUGUUUUGUGAAGAAUGCCUCUGCCUCUGGUUUGACAGGGAGAAGACCUGUCCUCUGUGUCGUUCUGUCACAGUAGAAACCCUGCGUUGCUGGAAAGAUGGCACUACCUCUGCUCAUUUCCAGGUGUAUUAAAACAAACACAUACCAACAAAUGGAGUAACAUGUGCAGAGAGAAAAAAAGCUGGAAAACGCUGUGAUCUCAUACCCCUAUUUAGUUGCCUGUGGGUUUUUUGUCUUAGUCCUUCUUCCAGCUCUGUUUCUCCAGGAGCCAACAGAACAAUUGUUACUAGCCAGAAACUUUAUCC